CCGCGGACCGCCCGCUGCCUGUCCCGCCCCGCUCGGAUUUAGCCCCGGCAGCGCCCGAGCCCGCGGAGCCGCCGCUUCCGCCUUUGCCAGACAUGCUCCCGGAGGCGGGCUCGCCCUGGCUGCUGCGGCUGCUGCGGGACCUGCAGCUGGCCCAGUUCUACAGGCCCAUCCUGGAGGAGCUGAACGUCACGCGGCCUGAGCACUUUGACUUCGUGAGACCUCAGGACCUGGACGCCAUUGGCAUGGGCCGGCCUGCCCAGCGCAGACUGGCUGAAGCUUUGAAGAGGCACCGUUUGGGGCACAAGCCUAAGAACUGGGUCUACAAGAUCCUUGGGGGGCUUGCCCCUGAGCAGGAGACGACCCCCGCACCUUCAGACAGCCCCCCGUCCCUCCAGGAGCCGGAGGGGGGCCUCAAGUGUCUGAUCCCCGACGGCGCUGUGUGCAGAGGGGAGCUGCUGGGCUCCGGCUGCUUCGGGGUGGUGCACCGCGGGCUGUGGACGCUGCCCAGCGGUCAGAGCGUCCCAGUGGCGGUCAAGUCCCUCCGGGUGGCGGCCGAGGGCUCUGCGGGCUCGGGGCUGAGGGACUUCCUCCGGGAGGUGUCGGUCAUGAUGAGCCUGGAGCACCCCCAUUUGCUGCGGCUGCACGGGCUGGUGCUGGGCCAGCCCCUGCAGAUGGUGAUGGAGCUGGCGCCGCUGGGCUCCCUGCACGCCCGCCUCACGGCGCCAGCGCCCGCGGCCCCGCUGCCCGUGGCGCUGCUCUGCCUGUUCCUGCGGCAGCUGGCGGCGGCCAUGGCGUACCUGGGCGCCCGCGGGCUGGUGCACCGCGACCUCGCCACGCGCAACCUGCUGCUGACCGCCCCGCGCACCAUCAAGGUGGCCGACUUCGGGCUGGUGCGGCCGCUGGGCGGCGCCCGGGGCCGCUACGUGAUGGGCGGGCCGCGCCCCAUCCCCUACGCCUGGUGCGCCCCGGAGAGCCUGCGCCAGGGGGCCUUCUCUCCCGCCUCGGACGUGUGGAUGUUCGGGGUGACGCUGUGGGAGAUGUUCUCCGGGGGCAAGGAGCCCUGGGCCUGGGUCCCGCCCUACCUCAUCCUGCAGCGGCUGGAGAAGGAGCAAGCACGGCUGCCCAGGCCUCCUCUCUGCUCCCGGGCCCUCUACGCCCUCGCUCUGCGCUGCUGGGCCCUCCACCCUGCUGACCGGCCCAGCUUCUCCGCCCUGGAGGGGCUGAUCCAAGAGGCCUGGCCCCCCGAGGGGCGAUGUGUGAGGGAGGUCACAGAGCCGGGCGCCCUGAGGAUGGAGUCUGGAGAUCUCAUCACUAUCAUCGAGGGCAGCCCCGGCUCCGCCACCUGGAAGGGCCAGAAUGGCCGCACGUUGAAAGUGGGCACGUUCCCAGCCUCGGCCGUGACGCUGGCAGACCCGAAGGGCUCGCCGGCCCCCUGCCCAGCCCACCGGGGCUCCCCUGCGUGGGGAGAGCAGAGGCGGGGGAGCGCAGAAGGCAGGGCCAGAGCCAAGGCGAAGCCUCGGGAGCCGCCUCCAGCUCAGGGGCCGAGAAGGAACAUGGCCCUGCAGAGGAUGAAGGGUGAGUGUGGGGGGAAGGGUGGGGCCCCAGGGCCUCUGGGACCAGGAACAACCCUCAGUUCUGCCCCCUGCUCUGAAUCCAUGCCUUCGGGAUAUGAUUUCCCCACACGUGACUCCUUCCUUCCACCACUUCCUUCUGCCUGUGGGCAUCGCAGCUGUCCUUUAAGACCGGCCCUGUCCAUGGCCCAGCACCCGCCUGCGGCCCUGCCCUCCCAGGCCUGUGGGUACUUAGCUGCCCGGGCCUGGGUGUCCGUCUUACGGUCCCGGACCCCGGCGGACAGCACAGGCAGACAGAGCGGGAAGGAGGCAGGGCCCUGCAUCGAGGCUUCCUCUCAAGAUGUUUUUUCUCACCCUGCAGGCAUUUCCAAGAGUCUGGAAUCUGUUCUGUCUCUGGGCCCCUGCCCCAGAGGGGGUGGUUUCAGCCCCCCUGAACUUCGAAAAGCCAGAGAUGUCCCCCAGGGGCCCCCCGGCCUGCCCCCCCGCCCUCCCAACCAGCCGCCCCGGGAGCGGCCUUCCUGGCCCAAAAGAGAAAGAGAACUCCUGCACAGUCGCCCCCUGGGGACCCCUGGAGACAGCAGGGCCGCUGUGCUCCCCGGAGGCCUCUUGCCCGACCCCGACUUGCAGAAGAGGGCGAUGGAGGUGCAGCUGAGCGUCCACGGAGUCACCCACCAGGAGAGCCAGGCGGCCCUGAGGGCCACGGGAGGAGAUGUGGUCUCUGCCAUCCAGAACCUUAAGGUAGACCAGCUGUUCCACCUGAGCAGCCGGUCCAGGGCCGACUGCCGGCACAUCCUGGAGCGUUACCAGUGGGACCUCUCGGCGGCCAGUCGCUACGUCCUGGCUCGGCCCUGAGCUCGGCUCCUUCAGACACGGACACCAGAUGCCCCGAGGAGCGGGCCCUGUGUGGCCCUGAGAGGGAGCACAGCAGAAUAAGGAGA